UUCCUCGAAUAGAUUGUUGACUCUUGGCUCAACCUUAUUCUCUUUCUAUUUCUACCUUUCUCUUUCCCCUUAUUCGUCCCUCUCUUUCUACGUUUCUCCUUUGGUCUUUGUAAGAUCUACAAAAACAAAACCCUAGAAAAGAGAAGAACCAGAGGAGAAUCAAUUAGAGAAUAAAAUUGAUGGGAAGAGGGAAGAUUGUAAUCCAAAGGAUCGAUGAUUCUACGAGUAGACAAGUCACUUUCUCCAAACGAAGAAAGGGUCUUAUCAAGAAAGCCAAAGAGCUAGCUAUUCUCUGCGACGCGGAGGUCGGUCUCAUCAUCUUCUCUAGUACCGGAAAGCUCUAUGACUUUGCCAGCUCCAGCAUGAAGUCAGUUAUUGAUAGAUACAACAAGAGCAAGAUGGAACAACAACAAUUACUAAACCCCGAAUCAGAAGUAAAGUUUUGGCAGAGAGAAGCUGCAGUUCUAAGGCAAGAAUUGCAUGCUUUGCAAGAAAACCACCGACAAAUUAUGGGGGAACAACUAAAUGGUUUGAGCGUCAAUGAACUAAACAGUCUUGAGAAUCAACUUGAGAUAAGUUUGCGUGGAGUUCGUAUGAAAAAGGAACAAAUGUUGACUCGUGAAAUCCAAGAACUAAGCCAAAAGAGGAACCUCAUUCAUCAGGAAAACGUUGAAUUAUCAAGAAAAGUACAAAGGAUUCAUCAAGAAAAUGUGGAACUCUACAAAAAGGCUUAUACAGCAAACACAAACGGAUUUAUACACCGUGAACUAAUCGUUGCGCAUGAUGAAUCACACACUCAAAUUCGGUUGCAACUAAGCCAACCAGAUCAUUCAGAUUAUGAGACCCCACCAAGAGGAAGCGAAUAACAGCAAGUGAUUGAAGUUUGAAGAUACGAUGAUAUUGAAGAACAAAUCGAACGUUUGGUUUGAAUAAGGGACUUGAACUGGAAACAAAGAAGAAACAUCAAGAAACCAAGCAUGUUUCUUCUCAUCAUCAAUCAUAUAUUUUUUAUCAUUCUCUUGUGCAUUUUUAAUUAUAUAAUUGAAGCAUAUAUAAUACAGAAGAAAUACAAGGAAACCUGUGUUUAUUAUAUUCUCCUGAGUAUAUAUAUUAAUAUGUUGUCUUUU